AUGGCAUCUCAGCCAGCCUCGGCGGAACACAAUCUCCUUUUCCUGCCGCCGCCUACCAACCACCACCAUGGGGGGGGCAGCAAGAGCAACCACCACCGGCAGAACACCGAAAACGAUAACGUCCGCUACCCCUUAUCAUAUCCCGCCGCCAUCGGCGAGAAGGAUCGCAGUAACAUGAAGGCGAAGAUCAUGUGUCAUCCUCACUACCCACGCCUCCUCUCUGCCUAUGUCAACUGCCACAAGGUAGGGGAAGCCACAGAAGUAAGAGAAUUUGACAAUGAAAAUUUUAGGGUUAUGGUUCCUCUCUCUCUCUCUACCCAUCUUUCAAAGUUGGCUUUUUUUUGGUUGUACGUACAGUUGGGGGCGCCGCCGGAGGUGGUGGCGCGGCUGGAGGAGGUUUGCGGCGGCGGCGGGGGCGGGGCCGGAAACAGUAGGCUUGGGGAGGAUCCGGCGCUGGACCAGUUUAUGGAGGCCUACUGCGAGAUGCUGAUCAAGUACGAGGAGGAGCUCAGCAAGCCCUUCAAGGAAGCCAUGCUCUUCCUCUCCCGGAUGGAGUCGCAAUUCAAGUCACUCUCCGUGUCCUCCCCUUCUUCCUCCCUUCAAGACCCACAAGCCGCAGGUCAGCUCUCUCUCCUCCCUGACACCUCAUCUCUUAUCUCUUCCCCUGAUCUACCUUUCCUUUCUUCUUCUCCCCUUAUCUCUCAUCUUCUCAGCCUAUCUCCGUCUUCUCUCCUCACGGACCAUCUCUUGUUCCUCUCUGCCUUCUCAUAUCACCUCUUUCCACUUCUUCUGUCCACCCACGCGCUUCUUUUAUUUACAUGCGUAUUCUUCUCUUCCCUCCCGUACUUCUGUCUCACCCCCAGGUCGUUCUUUAUCUCGUCAAUCCUACGCAUCUCCUCUCGGUAUGUUUCUUCCUUUCUUGGAUCCUAGUUAUUUCCCCCCCUUCCUUCCCUCGCCACUUAACUUCAUCCGUCUUAUUUUAAUCAUACUGCUCAAGGUGAGAUCCACGCAAACAAGAAAAAACCUACUACGGUUGGCAGUUUUCUAAAGUAAAAGCCCGUAAGAUCAGGAGAAAUUUUCGUGAUGGAAUUCAACUCCUAUUUUAUACCGCUCUGCUUGGCCUCAGUAGGCUUAUUAUAAUAAUCGUCGUUGAACUGCUCUAGUUCAUCAUAUACUUUGAACCAUGUGAUGUUAAAUCACAUCACAUAUGAAUUCUUCUAAGUCUCUUUCUCCCUCUCUCUUACCCCGCUUUCUCUUUCUCCUCCGUCUUCCUCUCUCAUGAUCAUGCUGGUAGCUCUUGGCGUCUGACGAAGGUUGAAAAAUCCCUGUCGAGAGAAUACGGCUGAUUCUGUAGGAAAGCUGGAAGGGCUACAUGUCCAUUCUUAUAAGGAUUAAUGAUGGCUUCUUAGGGAACUUUACUGUUGUCAUACUCGCACGCGCACGCACGCACACUGUCUCUCUUCAUCUCUCCUCUUUCUUUCGGUUUUCGGUGAGCUUUCUGUGCUUCCUAGGCUUCGUUAGGUUAGAGCUAAUUUCUUAACAGUUCUCUUCCUCUAUCUCCCCCCCCUCUUUCUCUCUCUCUCUCUCUCUCUCUCUCUCUCUCUUUCUCUCUCCACCUGUGGUUCUAUAUAUGGUCUUGUUGUUCUUUCGAUGCAUUCUAUAAUAUCACAACGAAGAACCUUGGAUCGCCCCCAGCUCUGUGGCUUACCACUUCUUUGCUUCCUAUCUUUGGGGAGUGGGUAGGGUGAAUAGCUAGAUGAUCAUCAAGAAAAAUGGCUGGAGCAUGCCUUUAUGAAUUUUCCUAGGAUAAUGUAGCACCUCAGCUAUUUAGAGUAAUACCGAGCUACCUCGUAUCACCAAACAUAGCUUAUUAUUUAUCCAGGCUGUCUUCUGAAACCUUGGUCGCUAUGGUUCUCUACGCAUAGUGUUUCAUGCCGUCAUCAUGCAUUCUUCAGGACUACCAAGGUCGGUGUUUAGGGUUCGCAGAUGAGAAGGGUUUAUAGAUGAGACCAUGAAACGGUGGAAGAAGGUGGAGGGCAAUAGGAUAGGGGAUCAGAGAGGGAAUUUAAGAAUGAGAAGACGAAUGACGGGUAGAGAUGCCUCUGAUCAGGAGCAGCAUAUGGCUUGCGAAGAAGAAAACAGGUGUAUUCUAUGUCCGCAUUGAUUCACAAAGUCCGUCGAAAAUUAUGUCGAAAAUCUAUAGAGGCACGAGGAUUCCUUGAACCAAAUGGGCACAUUAUUCGAUUUUUAUUCGAGGUCAUGCGAUGGUAGAAGUCAACGCAUAGACUUAUGGAUCCAGAAAUGGAUUUUUUUGGCAUAAACGUUGCCGCAGAAGUAGAAACUUGUAUGAUUUGGCACUUCGUAGGUAUGUGUCUACUGGGAAAAGGAAUAACGGUAUGAUGGGUAUCCUGGUAUUCUAUCGGUUCUUGAUAAACGUGGAUUAUAAGCCUGAUUAUCUUUGAUGUUGCAUAAUUAGAUGGUUUCUUGGAAUCUCAUAGCUUUGGUGAAUAGUUUAUGAUUAUCAUGAUUAUCAAGGAUAAAUCGGAGACUUCUUAGCAAGUUUGACUUACGCAUCCUUUGUCAACCUUGAAAAUGUCAGCACCUGAAGUAAGUAUAUCUAAUGUCUUUACUUUAAAGUUGACAUCUUGAGGAACUGUUCUAGAGAGAGAAGAUAAUUCUAUGAGUGCUAUUUGGUUGUGAUUUAGUUUGCAUGAGAUUUUUCAUAAAAUCAUGAAAGGAUCUGAUUUUUGGUUUUAGUCUUGGAAUAAGAAUAUGAAAUGAGAAAAAAAGUUGUAAGUUUUUAGCUUGUUAGAUUAUUUUUCCCUCUUUCAUGUGCAGGAUUAUUCAUCUGUUCAGCGAGUUUGAAACGAUCCCUGAAAUGCUCAGGCGAUCGAUGCAGAUAUUUUCUUUACAUUCAGCGUGCCAGAUCCGUUGACCUGUUACAUAGUGGAUCAAUUUAAUUCAUAGCCGAUCUGGUUUCCAAAAAUGGAAACCAUCUUGGGAAACCUAGAGUAGACAUUCUGAACGAUUUUAAGCUUUCUACGAAUGCGAAUCCGUGGUUUGGAGUGGUUUUGUGGACGUAAAUGCCCAACUUUCACUCGGGCUAGGCCGUCUCAGAUGAGUUAGUAGGCUGUUCCUGGCUCAGGUGAUCGGUUCUAGGAUUUAGGGUUAGGGUUUAGUUUCCAUUCAGCAUUUAGAGUCUUUGCUACUUGGACUUGAGCUCAUUAGGGUUCUCAGCCUUGUUGGACCUCGUCUGCUCCUUCCGGGUGUUUGACUUUUGCGAUGUUUCUUCAGAUCUCCGGUGAUUCUCAUCCCCAUGGGGAGUUCUUAGCUAGGAGUGAUGUUUGUCAUUCCAAUGGCGAUGGAGCUUGAAUGCUACUGUUCGUGGGCGUUGCAGGCCAGGGCGAGACGUCGGAAAGGGGCGGCGGGUCCUCCGAGGAGGACGCGGACAUGGCGGGCGAGGCGUACGUUGAUCCGCAGGCGGAGGACAGGGAGCUCAAAGGUCAACUCCUACGCAAGUACAGCGGCUACCUCGGCGGGCUGAAGCAGGAGUUCCUGAAGAGGAGGAAGAAGGGGAAGCUCCCCAAGGAGGCGCGGUACCAGCUGCUUGACUGGUGGAACCGCCACUACAAGUGGCCCUACCCCUCUGUACGGCGGCGCCGCCGGCGACUUCCAUUACCAUCUCCGGCGAUCUUGCCAGCGCUGGUUGGGGGGGGCGGUGCUGAUAGGUGGGUUGGAUUUGUGUGCAGGAAUCGCAGAAGCUGGCGCUGGCGGAGUCAACGGGCUUGGAUCAGAAGCAGAUCAACAACUGGUUCAUCAACCAGAGGAAGCGCCACUGGAAACCAGCGGAGGAGAUGCAGUUCGUGGCGGCGGCGGCGGAGGCCGGCCGCCCCCACUACUACCUCGACAACCCCGUGGGGAAUCCCUUCUCCGUGGGUUUCGCCUCCCCCUUCUCCGAAGUUCAAAGACCCAUGUAG